UUGGAUAUAAAGCCGUUAAAGAACCAGAGGCCAGGCACCCUUUCCCCGCAGGUUCUCUAAUAAUGGCUUCUGCAACUUCGACACUAGUCUCUCCUUCUUCUCUCUUCGAUUCGACUAUUCGUAGCGGGUCGAGAUGCUCUGUAUCUCCUGCGUCUGCUUUUGCAUCUCUGACGAACAAGAAACCAGUUUCUUAUCUUCGCCUCCAUGAGAGGAGCUUUCCUUGUUCCCUGAGAGGAACAGGUAUAGGCGCAGGAAGUAUAACGACACCUCGGAGAGGACUUAGGGGCGUGACCUGUUCUGCAUCGUCUUCUCUUCCGUCGGCUCUCCUCUUUGAUUGUGAUGGAGUGCUCGUCGAUACGGAGAAGGAUGGUCACCGUGUUUCUUUCAAUGACACUUUCGCUGAAAGGGAAUUGGGUGUUGUCUGGGAUGUUGAUUUGUAUGGCGAAUUGCUCAAAAUUGGAGGCGGAAAAGAGAGGAUGACAACCUACUUUAACAAGACGGGUUGGCCAGAAAAAGCUCCAAAGAGUGAAGAAGAAAGAAAAGAAUUUAUUGCUUCACUGCACAAGAGGAAGACGGAAUUAUUUAUGGCUCUUAUUGAGAAGAAGUUGCUUCCCCUUCGGCCUGGAGUUGCAAAGUUAGUUGACCAAGCUUUGACAAAUGGGGUCAAAGUUGCUGUAUGCAGUACUUCAAAUGAGAAGGCGGUCUCUGCUGUCGUUUCCUGCUUGUUGGGUCCUCAUCGGGCAGAGAAGAUUGAUAUAUUUGCAGGAGAUGUGGUUCAUCGGAAGAAGCCUGAUCCAGCAAUCUACCAAUUAGCAGCCACUACACUGGGUGUGGAACCAUCAAGUUGUGUUGUGGUAGAGGACAGUGCCAUAGGUCUUGCAGCUGCCAAAGCUGCUGGAAUGAAGUGCAUAGUAACAAAGAGCGGUUAUACAGCUGAUGAGGACUUCUUGAAUGCGGAUGCUGUCUUCGAUUGCAUUGGGGAUCCUCCUGAGGAGCGUUUUGACUUGACAUUCUGUGGAAGCUUGCUAGAGAAGCAGUAUGUGAGCUAGCACAGAUAAGAUACAAAACAUUUCCUGGUUGCUUUGGUGAUUGAUUUCUUGUUCUUGUAGUGUUUGUAAGAUUUCCUGAAUAAGAAAUGUGCAAAAUGCCAAUUGGAGAAUA